CGCCCCCUUCCUGGGCGGGGUCACAGGCUGGGGCCGGGGAGUUACUAGCGGCCCCGCCUGGGCUCUGUCUGCUCCCACCGCCUGGGUCUCACCCCGCCAUGGUUCGUCUCUCUCUUCAGUGUCUUGUCUGGGGAUGCUUGUUGACCACCGUCCACCCAGAACCAUUCACUGCAUGUGGAGGAAAACAGUACCAAAUAAACAGUCAGUGCUGUAAAUUGUGCCCACCAGGAGAGAAACUGGUGAAUGACUGUACCAAGGUCACCGAAACAGAAUGCCAACUUUGCGGUGCAGGCGAAUUCCUAGACACCUGGAACAGAGAGCACCGCUGUCACCAGCACAAAUACUGCGACCCCAACCUAGGGCUCCGGGUCCAGAGGGAGGGCACCACAGAAACAGACACCACCUGUGCAUGCAAAAAGGGCCUGCACUGUACUGGUGACAACUGCGAGAGCUGUGCUCAACACAGAUUGUGCCCCCCUGGCUUUGGGGUCAAGCAGGCUGCUACAGGGGUUUCUGACACCGUCUGCGAACCCUGCCCGAUCGGCUUCUUCUCCAGUGUAUCAUCUGCUUUUGAGAAGUGUCGCCCUUGGACAAGCUGUGAAUCCCAAGACCUGGUGGUGCUACAGGAGGGGACUAACAAGACCGAUGCUCAUUGUGGCUCCCGGCCGCUGCCGUCUCGGAAGAGAGCCCUGGUGGUGAUCCCCAUUGCGGUGGGGCUCCUCUUUGCUGUCCUCUUUAUCGUCCUGUCGGCCUGUGUCUGUAAGGCAGUCAAGAAGCCAGAGAAUAAGGCCUACCCGGUUGAGGACGUAAGGAAGGCUCCCGAGGAGACAAUUUUUCUGGAGGAUAUUCCCUGCCCCACCCCAGUCGCUCCGGUGCAGGAGACCUUACACGGAUGCCAGCUGGUCACCCAGGAGGAUGGCAAAGACAGCCGCAUCUCGGUGCAGGAGAGACAGUGAGGCUGGGGGUGCCUGGGGGCGUGGCGGCAAACGGGCACCUGGCCGGAGAGCCUGGAGCUGCGGUGGCGGCGUGAGGGCAAGGGGCAGGCGCCGGGCAAACCUGCCUUUGUCUGCACCCCUGAGGUUCCAGACACACAAAACAGUUCAGCUCGGAGAACUUCUCCCCCCUGCCCUGGAGCCCAUCCUGUCUUCCAACUUGCUCUUAAAGGUGGAGGCAAAACUCUUUUGGGGGGCAAUAUAGUAAUAUCCAUCAAACCCUCUGGGAUGUAUCAUGGAGGUUUCUAUGUGCCCAGGGGACAUAUACAAAUGACCAUUGCAGCAUUUUUCGUGGUAGUAAAAAACUGGAAACACUAACUACUCAUCAACAGCAAAGCGCUGUCUAGGGGGGAAAGAAAGCGGGUUGCAGACUGAUAGGUAUGGAAUUUUUUAAAAAGCACACACUCAAAAUCAACAAGAUGUAGUGUCUAUGGAUAUGUGCAUACAUAUAGUAUAUAUUAUAUAUGUACACAUAACAAGGGUUCUGGAAGGACGAACAGAAAAUUAACAACUCCAAGAGUGAUAAUGGAAGAAGGUCUAGGGGAGGGUUGGUUAAAGGGAGCCUUGGCUUUCCCAUAGUGCUUUAUUUUAUUUUUUCAAAAGGAUCAUGGAUUCACAUAUUGCUUAGGUAAUUAAAAAAGUCAUCAGAUAAAAAGAAAGAUGGGGGUGGACAUGCUGGGUGAUGAGCUGUUUCACUUACUGUCAGGCCUGCAGAAUUAGGGCACUUUCUGAAGAUAAAUAAGAAUGUCCCGAGGCUGCUGCUCCUUCAGGAUGGUUUCCAGAUGUCCUCACAUUUGGCAUCAUGCUUGUGAAGUGUUUUCCUCAGGUGAUUCAUGCUCACAAAAACGGCCCUUCUUUUACAGAGGCCCAGAGAAGUGAAGUGACUUGCCUGAGGUCACACAGCAGUUUGUAGUGGUGCCAAAUUCAGAGCUUCUUACUCUUGGUCCUGUGCUGCUUCUCCCAGCCCUGCCUGCUCUCUGGAACCUAUAUGUGGAGCUCCUUCUCGGGGAGAUUCUGGGCCUCCCACCUCCUUCUGACCUCCCAACUGCAACAGGAGCUGCUGCUUCUCAGUCAGAUGGUGUUCCCCCCCCCCCGCCCCCUUCCCUCCAGCAGCAUCUCAGGAUAAAAAUAAACUGUCCUGUUCUCUUUUCCUGCUGAGCCAACUGAGGGGGAGCCUAGCCAGGAGGAGCGGCAGAUGGAGUGGGAGCAGAGGGGAGGGGAGGGGAGGAAGGUUGGAGGACGAGGAGGAGGAGGGCGAGGAGCCAUCUUUGGCCCAUGCAAAGCCCCAGAACAACGAAUCGUUGUGAGGAUAAGGCCAGCUUGGGUUUAUUGCAGGGUCUCAACCUUUUUCUGACAAGAAGCUGCUUGGAAUUUCCCCAAAAUGUCCUGCUGGCUGUAGGAUGGGAGUUGGGAGGGCUUGUUCCUGAUGGAAGCAGCAAGGGCAGCUGGGAGCCAAGGGGGCACCUGGCUUGGCAGGCUGCCCGGAAGAGCUCCAAGGACCAUUCGGAUACAAGCGGAGUGAAGUGGUGGUGGUGGUCUGGGGGCGGGGAGAGGCGGGGGUUUGCGGACCUCACCCUCAUUCCCUACCUGCCUGGAGCCCAGAUCCUCGAGUUACUCACUCCUGUGCAUGGCAGAAGGGUGGAAAGAGAUAAAAGACCCACAUCUGCCACCUGUUUACUGGGUGACCUUGGAUGAGCCACUUGCCCGUCUUGGCCUCUUGGUUUCCACUAUAUGUCAAAUGGAGACAACGUCGGUGGCAGGCGCUGCUGGGUCAGAGGUUCUCACACUUGAUUCGGUGGGUCAGGGGUGGAGCUCGAGAAUUUGAAUUUCUAACUGGUUCCCCGAUGGUGCUUCUGUUGCUGGGUCGGGACUCACGCUUUGAGAACUAGCGCCCUCGACAUUCAGAUUUCCUUGGAAGCAGCCAACUUCCUGCGGUCACUUGCCUGAGAGCUUCCCCUGGUCUUGAAAACAUAGUUGGCACUGGUAUUGGGGCAGGUAAGAUGUACCGGGGGAGUUAAAACCCUGGAGUAGCUUUCAACCAGCUAGGGAUAAGACUUGGUGGAGAAACCCUGGCUGCCUUGGCCCUGGGAGGGACAAAUGGCAAGUGAGUGCUAUACUAUCUCCCAGGUUCCUGAGGGGCUGGAGCCCCACUUGUCCUCCGUGGUAGCUUGCCUGUAAGGUAGGCUGCAUUGGUUUCUGUCCCUUCUCUUUCAAGCCUCACUUCCCCACUCCCCACCCAGUGCUUCCUGGGUUCUGGUCUCAAAUAAACUACCUGCAUUCGUU